GUUUCUAUCCCUCGUAAGUUUCUCAUAUUCCCAACUUUACCCUCCAUUACAAAAAAGCCCUAAACUACAAACUCUCUCUCUCUCUCUAGCCUUCGUUCAGCUCUCUCCACACCUUUUAUGCGUUUUCAUUACUGUCUUAACAGAACCCACUGUGGAGAAGUCUUGGAUCCACGGCUAAAUGGAAGAAGCCAAAGAAGAAACGAAGUCUUUCAAAGAAUUAGGAGUUUGUGAUCAAUUGAUUGAGGCUUGCGAUAAUUUGGGUUGGAAAACCCCUUCUAAGAUACAAGCUGAAGCUAUGCCUCACGCCUUUGAAGGCAAAGACCUAAUUGGUCUGGCGCAAACGGGUUCUGGAAAGACUGGAGCUUUUGCAAUUCCUAUACUGCAAUCCCUUUUAGAUUCUCCGCAUGCUUUUUUUGCCUGCGUUCUCUCUCCAACAAGAGAGCUUGCGAUUCAAAUUGCUGAGCAGUUUGAAGCUUUAGGAUCCGGUAUUGGCGUGAAAUGUGCAGUGCUGGUUGGAGGGAUAGAUCAAGUACAACAGAGCAUUGCCCUCGGGAAACGGCCUCACAUUGUUGUUGCAACACCUGGUCGCCUAUUGGAUCAUCUUUCCAAUACAAAAGGGUUUUCUCUUCGUAUGAUAAAGUACUUGGUAUUAGAUGAGGCAGACAGGUUGCUAAAUGAGGAUUUUGAAAAGGCCCUCGAUCAGAUUUUGAAUGCUAUUCCUCGUGAACGAAGGACUUAUCUGUUUUCUGCUACAAUGACCAAAAAGGUGCGGAAACUUCAGAGGGCUUGUUUGAGAAACCCUGUUAAGAUCGAAGCUGCAUCUAAGUAUUCCACCGUUGAUACACUGAAGCAGCAGUAUCGAUUUCUUCCUGCUAAGUAUAAGGACUGCUAUCUUAUCUAUAUUCUGACUGAGAUGGCUGGCAGUACAUCAAUGGUUUUCACUCGAACAUGUGACGCAACUCGUCUUCUGGCUUUGAUGCUUCGAAACCUUGGCCUGAGAGCCAUACCAAUUAGUGGUCAGAUGUCUCAGGAUAAAAGGCUUGGAGCUUUAAACAAAUUUAAGGCCGGAGAGUGCAAUAUCCUUAUCUGCACGGAUGUGGCCAGUCGAGGACUUGAUAUCCCAUCUGUUGAUAUGGUUAUCAACUAUGACAUUCCAACAAACUCAAAGGAUUAUAUACAUAGAGUGGGAAGAACUGCACGAGCAGGGCGUUCUGGGGUUGCCAUAUCAUUAGUGAAUCAGUAUGAGUUGGAGUGGUAUAUACAGAUAGAAAAGCUUAUUGGGAAGAAACUACCGGAGUAUCCUGCAGAGGAAGAGGAGGUUUUGCUACUCUUGGAGCGCGUAACAGAAGCCAAGAGGAUCUCGCUUAUGAAAAUCAAAGAAACUGGUGGUAAAAGGAAACACAGAGGUGGUGUUGGAGAUGAUGGUGACAAUGAAGAGGUUCAUAAAUACUUAGGGGCUAAGAAGGGAAAGCUAUCAAAGAAGCCAAAGAGAAAGUAACAAUUGUAGGGAGCUCUACCCGGCGCGAAUUCGGAUUAGUUGGGCUCCAGUGCGGGUACAGAAUACCGGAUGGGAAACCCAAAAAGAAAAAGCAAUUGUUAGUCCAUUUUUGACCUUGGUUAUUUCAUUUAUAUUAUUGUUAUUGUCUUUUGGGGUAUUGUAAUUUGACAUUUCUACGAUCCAACUAACUUAACGUAAAAGAGAUUUUUGAAUCUUGUGA